UGGGCGAAACCGACAAGUUCAGCCCGGGGGGACGACGACGACGACGAUGUCGAAACCCCACGCGCCGGCGCCGGUUCCACGGCCUCUCCUCAAGCAGCAGUCAUGGUCUCCCGACGCGAUCCGCGACGAGGCUUGGCAACGACGGAAGGGUUCUCAUGCUGCCGUCGGUCUUUGCCGGAGCAAGAGCGUGUCGGAUGACGAUUUGGAGGAAUUGAAAGCUUGCGUAGAGCUCGGAUUGGGAUUCGAUCCGGAAUCCUCCGAUGUGGAUCCGAGACUUUCGGAUACUAUACCGGCACUGGGAUUUUACUGUGCUGUUAAUAAGCAGUACAGUAAUAGCUUGUCGAGGUCUUCUUCGUCUUCUUCUAUUGUCUCUGAUAGCGAUGCUGCUGGAAGCUCCAACAACAACUUGUUCUGUCCAGGUGACGAUGCCGAGAUGGUGAAGACGAGGUUGAAACAGUGGGCUCAAGUGGUUGCUUGUGCAGUACGAUCUUCCUCACGCUGAUAAUGAUUUCAAGCUGACCGGAAAACUGGAAAUUCAAAAAGAAAAAGAAAAAAAAAAAUCAUCAGUUAGAAAAUUGUACAGAACAGAAAAACCACAUCAUUUUGAAUUUUUUCUAAUUGUACAUUAUUAUUAUUAUUAUUAUUAUUAUUAUUAUUGUUAGUGUUAUUAUUAUUAUUAUUAAGUGGACGAAUAAUAAAUUUCAACUGAUUUCCAUUAUUUUAUAAUGGAAUUUAUUACU